CUACCUAAACCCCUAAUUGCGGGUUCCAAUUAUCCGUACUCCGCAGAGAGCAGAAGCAAAGAAAUGGCGUGGCGAUGUGGAUCUCUCUCUCGGUCGUUGCUCUCCGCCGCAAGAGCCACACCAACUCGUUCCUCCAUUUCUGGCCUCCACCGUCCUUCUUCUCCUUCCCUACGCUCUCAUCUUCUCCACCCUCGCCGCCCCCUCGUUACAGUCCCCAGGAGUUUGGGAUUUCUCGGGUGUGCGCAGUCGCUGAUGCCUCUCCACAGCGCCGACGCCGCCGCUCGUCUCACUUCUCACAUUUCCGUCGAAUCGCGCGCUUGCUGCGAGUUGUCCCAGGGUACUUGAAUAGGCUUUGCAAUCGACACUAGUUGUGAUUAUACGUGUGCCUGGGCGUAAAAAUGGUGGCUAAUGCUUUGAAGCAGGAAGCCUGUUGGAGGUUUGGAUAGUGAAUUUGAGAAAUACUUUAAGUAUUUUUUAUGAUUUUUAUAAAUAACAAAUUAGUAUAUCUGUUCUUCUAUUAGAAACUUCAGGCUAGUUGAACGGCAUCGACAUUGUUAUGCUUUGUACCAUAUUAGAUUAUCAGAUUAUAAUAACAACAGUGUUCAAGAUUCAA